AUGCCGGCCCAUUUUUGGUGAACAACUUGGGUUGUCCUUGCUGAUUGGUGUAUAAAUUCAUCCACCAAUAAAAAGUGCUGUCCAUAGUUCUGAACCAAAAAAAGCUUAGAUGCCUUUUUCAAAUAAAGAUAGCAAGAGAACGAAGACAAUUUGAUACUAGGAGUAAAUUAGAAAGUUUCUUAAAAUGGCAUGUGCUAUCUGAGUCACGAAAGAAAAAAUUUGGGUUCAGUGUCCCUUUAAGAUCUAACAGGUUUUCUUGAAUAACUAUUGUUACCGCUUAGUAAGUGCCUCACUCCUUGACUUCUUCGCUCUGUUGCAGGUGGAUGCAUCAGCAGCACAGUGGAGCAUCAGGUAUCUCACCAGCAGUCAUCUAACAAAUGCAAGAAGGUGGAAGUCAUUGACCUAACAUUAGAUAGUUCUUCAGAUGAGGAUGAAGAGCCCUGUGCAAAGCGAAGUUGUCCAUCAAUCACUCCCGCAUCCCCUCUCAGCAAUAAAGGAUUAUUAAAUAUGCCACACCAGGCCUCUCCUAUAUCAAGGACACCCAGUUUACCAGCUGUGGACUCCACAUAUAUAAACACACCUCUUAUUCAGGAUUAUAGACAUCCUUUUCACAUGCCACCCAUGCCGUACGAUUUGCAAGGUCUGGAUUUCUUUCCAUUCCUGUCUGGCGAUAACCAGCAUUACAACACAUCACUUUUGGCUGCAGCUGCAGCCGCUGCCUCAGAAGAGCCAGACCUCCUUCACUCAUCCCGUUUCUUCCCCUACACCACUUCUUCCCAACUCUUUUUGGACCAGCUAAAUACAGGGACAAGUGUGUCUCUUCCAGCAACAAACGGGAGCAACAGUGGAAGUAACAGCAGCUUAGUGUCCUCAAACGGCCUUCGGGAAAGUCACAGCGCAACCAGUCGGGGCCCAGCAGACAGUUCAUCCCUCUAUGGCAUUAUCCCAGAUGUUAUCUCUUUGGACUGACCUACAUAGAACUUGGCCCAAAUUUCACAACCUUGGACCCUGAACACCUCCUGAUUACUUUCUAUAUAUUAUUGUUUUUUUAUUGGAUAUGCUGAAAUACAAAAGGACAUGUACAGAGAACAGAACUAUAUUUUCAGUUUUACUUUUGUAUAUAAACCAAAAACUUUCUUCAUCCAAUAACAAAAAUUGAGACAUGGACCUACCAUUUCCCCUUGCACUUUUCUUUUCCUUUCUCACUUGGAUCUUGGAAACCUCCUCUGCACGUUGGUUUCUAGCUUUACAUACUUUGCGCAGUUUCUUGACUCUUUAGAGAAGAUACAGCAUUGGUUUGAUUUUGGUUUUCCCUCUUCUGUAUUGCCACACUCCUUAAGCAGUGAAGGGGUUACAUCACCGCUUCUUUUCACAGAUUCUCCAAUCCUAAACCUGGAGUGGUUUUUAUUUUAAUUUUUUUUAUUUUGUUUCAGCACUUUUUUAAUCUAGUAUUUAUUGAACCCUUAAGUCUGGAGCAACAUGAAGGUGAUCUUAACAUUUGAGUUUUCUGGGAUUAAUGAUAUUGUGGGCACUGUGUGUGUGGUUUUGCUGCCAAAUGGACAUUUCAAAUGUGAGCACUUCAGGUCUCUAGAGCACUGAAAGUAGUUGGUAAAGGUUCUACAUAUUUUGUUAUUCAGACAGCCCUAUAGCAGCAGCUUACAGUGUAAAAAGCCGCCCUUUUUCACCCUCCCUCAUGAACGUCAAGUUUCAUGUUGCUCUUUCCCCAUGUUCUGUUUGGUCAUUGUUUUGCUGAUCCUCAUUUCCAUACUACUAUUAGGACUCAGGUAGUGUUUAGAAUAGAAGUGCUUUAUGGCAUUCAUCACGCACAAUACAGCAGCAUGCCUUGAUUGCAGUUAAAUGUAGUGUAUGUCCCUAGAUCUGUCAUUUUAGACGAAAAUCUAGAAUCCUAUCCUAAUGUACAGUUGAAUAGGGCAUAUGUUUUAUCUCUAGAGAAAUUUAUUUUUUGCAGUCUGUAUAAAAUACUUUGAAAUACUGCCAUUUUGCUUUCUGGAAAAUCCUGAAGGCACCUCUCCCUCUUGGGUUUUCACUGCUAUCGGAAUCUACCCCCAAGCACAGUUAUCUGAUUGGCUGCUUCCAGCCAAUCUGUAUCAUGCAACUCACUAAUGCAUGUGAGUGGAGAUGUGCUAUUGGCAUUUUCCAGAAGACAAAUGGCAAUGUUUUGGUAAAGGCAAGUAAUUUUACAUUUAAAAGCAUCUUAUUUUCAUAUACAAUGUUGUAUAGAGACUUUUCUAUACCACCUCUAUUUUCUUGCUGUAUCGUUUUUUUUUUAAUAACUGCAUGUUGCUGUAUUUUUGCAUGUGUUGGAAAUAAGACCCCCACGGCCUGCACCAAUUGACCCUCUGGUGUAAUUUUGUAUUUACUGAAUGCUAAAAACAAUUCAAACCGUAAACCUGCUUUCUAAACUCAUGCACUCGGUAUAUUGUAUUGCACUGCCCAUGAGCAUAUUGCUUAUUUUAGGUGCAUUGAACAACAUACGUAAAGCCAUAUGGCUAUGAAAUAAAAUAUUACUAGUAGUAUUGUUUGGGAUGAGAUUAAAACAUUUAUAUGGCACAUAAUCAAAGUUAAUAUUUUUAAAAACACAAACUCCAACUUAACUCUCCAUAAAAUGUGUAAAAAAACAAAAUCAAGAAAACAUAUUUCCCACUCCUCUACAUGGGCUGGUGCCUUUUCCUAUUUAAAGUAUGUUGCAGUUUACCUGAAUAUAGUGUAACGUCUCGAUGUGCUUCAUUUUUUUGCACAUAGCUUCUGGUCACAGCAAAGGUGAAGUAAACAUUCAUCCAGGGUUAUCAUGUGUUAACCCUUUAGUAUGUCCAUCUUUCCCUCUGCAGUGCUUAAAGAUCCAUAAUAAUCUUAAAAUUACAUUCUCUAAAGAAUUGGAGCAUGUCAUUUUUUGACUGUCGACUCUACUCUACUGUGUGUUUAACCCUGGCAAUGGGGUUAAACACACAGUAGUAGUACCACUUUGGACCUGCAGAGCACUGCUGAUCCAGAGUGGAAAUUGCGACUAGUGGUCCCGUGUGGUACUUCUAAUGUGUGUGUAACCCGUUUGGAGACAAAUUCUAAAUUUAGUUUCCCCCUCUCCCAGAGACCCUGGAGUGCAUUUUACAAAUUUCAGAUGAAAGCAGGGUAUAUGUACUCGACUGCAAAACAAUACAACUUUUUAAGUUAAAACAACCAUUUUUAAGUGCUUUUAAAACCCUAUAUGUGUGGAGAUCUUUGUGGUGAUUUUAAUGUGCCUUUAAAGGCAUUCCAUAAAAAUACUGUGUUGCCUGCUUGGAUCAUACAGUGUACAUGUUUGUGACAUAGUUGCAAAUCAUACAAUCAAAAGAAUAAAAUACCAAUCAUUUUUAAAACUUAAAUAUUUAUUUAGGGCAGUGGUGUAUUUAGGUUUUGUGCUGCUCUAGGCACUCAGUUCUGCUAUCAUGAUCACAACAUUUGUUACCUUCCAAUCCAGCUGUGUUCUGUCUGUGUGCUGCUUCAGUCCUACAGUUCGGUGGUGUAUAGUGUCAUGUGACUCACAUGACCACACAGGGAUAUUAUCAGCCAGGCCCAGACUAAACAGCUGCUCCAUGCUGGUUUUGUUCCCGGGUAGGAACUGCAGCUACAUAGGAACUGUAGCUGUGGUCAUAUCUUGAGGGAGCGGCCAGCAGCAGGGCCACUUCUUGAUGUGACAGUGAUAUCACAAGGUGGGGAGCAGACUCUUAAUGUGAGGCGGCCACUUCUUGAUGUGAUAGUGUCACAGUGAGAUUGUGAGUGUGUGCUCAGUCCCGGCCCACGGAGCCCAUGAUACUGCAUACAUUAGUUAUUAAGUCUCAAGACAAAACACAGCCUGCAAAGAUGCUGCCCCCCCCCCCCCCCCCCCCCACAAAUUUAUCGCCCUAGGCACGGGCCUAGUUUGCCUAGACCUUAGUAUGCUUAUGACAGUUGCAUUUCAGUAAGAUACUCCUGUUUGAUAGUGCUCAUUACUAAAGAGAUGGACAUUUACCUGCAGAGACUCGGCAUCAGUUUAGCAAAUACCCCAUUACACAGUGCUAGCUUUUUACAAUGAAAAGCUGUAAAGUGAGCUAAAUGUUCUGUACGUUAGUGUAUACAUCUGGGCUAUAUUGAUGUAUGUUUGAUUGAAAUUACUAAAGAUGCCAUUUUUAUUUUUAUUGGCAUUUUAUUUUUCUCCCCCCACCCAUCUGUGGCAACGAUGUGGAAGUAUAUUAGUCAAUUUUAGAGAUUUUUGUUUUUUUACAUUUUUUAAAUAUUAGCUAGCAUUUAAAUUUAUAAAACGUAGAUCUUUUGUCACAUUUUUUUUAUACGUUUGCAGGACAAAUAGGAAACUCCCUAAUACAUGUGGCAUUAACUUCUCUUCUAUGUUGCAUACAGUAGCAAUUAGGUUCUAGUACUUUUAAAGGGGCAGUAACCUCUAACACAUAAGUGCACUGUUUUAAACAUGUUAACCUUGUUUGUGUGAUUUUUUUUUUUUUAUAUGUUCAAGCUGUUUUUAUUUUUACUUUAUGCCACAUACCAAUAUUGCAAACAUAGUCUGUUAGUUUUAAAGACUCAUUGGAUGAUGAACACGACUCGCAUAGUGGUUUUAAAUUAUAUUUAGAGAAGUGAAUUGUUUCUGCACAAGUAUUCCCCAAGGAGCAGUUGCUCUCACAGCUUCAGGUCUAGCUCUAUUCAUAAAACUGUUUUAAUUACACAUAUCAAUAAUGUUUAUAAAUAAAUAUUUCUAAAAAUAUCUUCAUGGAUGCAACAGAAUAAGAAUUAAAUGGUAAUCUAUAUUGA